AUGGGCAUUCAUCAGCUAUGGAUUGAGAGUGAUUCUCAAGUGGCCAUUCACAUGGUUUCUAGUGGGUGUGAGGCUCAUCAUCCUUUGGACCCCUUGGUUAACAGGGUCAGAGAGUUGCUGGGUAGGACUUGGAGAACCAAAAUUUCACAUUGUUAUAGGGAAGGAAAUAUGGUUGCGGAUAAACUAGUUAGGUUAGGCAACAUCUACCCGAAUUGGGAAUUGCAGGUGUUUAUGGACCCUCAUGAGGAAUGCCUCACUCUUUUGAACAGAGACCUUAUGGGUUUUGCACGGCCUAGACUUUGUUCUGGUUUGUAA